AUGGCCCGUCGAUCUCUCUUUGCAGUGGCGACUCUCGCCUUUGGCAUUCUUGGUGCCAAUGCCGGCCCUUGCCGACCUUCCACGACCGUGACGAGCGUCGCCGAAACCUCUUCGACUGUUGUGGCUGAGACAUCGUCGACUACCCUAGUGGAGGCUUCAUCUACCACCGUGGCAGAGAGCUCGUCUACUACCGCAGUUGAGAGCUCUUCUACCACCCUGUUCGAGACUUCUACUUCUCUGGCCGAAUCCUCAUCCACUACUGUCGCUUCGACCUCGACGACUUCCGAAGCGCCAGACUGUGACACAACUCAGAUCGUCGUCAACCCAAGCUUCGACGACGAUGACGGUGCUCCCUGGACCGGCAUUAGCAACCUCAGAAGCACCCAAGACCCUCACUCGGGUAGCCACAACCUGCAAUCCCUGACCGACCUCACCGGCCCCUACCGACUGUCCUACUACUACCGCGUGGCCGGCGUGUCUACGUGGUCAGGAAGCGCUGGCUUUUCCUGCCAGCUUGUGCCCAGCGUUGGAACCCGCCGAUUCAAUGGGGAGAGCCCCUACGACGGUGGCCCAUACUCUUGGACUGGGGCCACCGAGGUCUGGACUCCCACGAGCCCCUCAGGACAUGUGAACCAGGCUACCGUGUCUUUCGCCGUGAGCUGUGGUGGCGAGUUUGACGAGCUAAUCAUCGCAAUCGACGAUGUCACCUUUACAGAGAUCAAGUGCGAACCUCUGCAGACCUAA